AUGGCCGAUCACGUGUGCUACGUCGUGCCUCCCCACCUGCUCAAGGCCAUCGCCGACGCCGAGUGCAAUAGCGAGCACACGCGUCAUGCCGCAAGACAGGCUUUGAGCCUUCGCGAGCAGUUCACCACCCGCCGUGCCGAGCGCCUCGCCAUCCUCGGUGGUCCCCGUGCCCAGCGUCACCAGCUCUCCUCCCGCUCCCGCCCUUCCAUCGUCCCCGAUAUCUUGCUCCAGCACAUCGCCGAUUCAACGGAUGUCGAUGAUGACACCAGAGCCUGCGCCAAGAGGGAUCUUGACCACAUAAGAGGUGUUCAGCAAAAGGUCCAGCAGGUUCAGCAGGGCGAAGUUGAGGGUCUACAAGAUCAGGUCACCCUCGCCGCCACUACCGGCAAGAAGGACCCCAAGGAUGACAAGUUUUAUCGGGCCAUUUAUAACGCCAAGAACACCGAGGACGAGAGCAAAUUGCCUGGUGACGUGGUUCGUGUAGAGGGCCAGAAAGCCGUCGACGACAAGGCGGUCAAUGAUGCGUUUGACAAUGUUGGCGAGGUACUGAAGAUGUACAAGGAGAAGUUUAACUGGAUUUCCAUCGACAACAAGAAUAUGCAUGUCAUCAGUUCCGUCCACUUCGGUCAGAAGUAUGAGAACGCAUUCUGGGACCCGGAGCGUAUGCAGAUGGUGUUCGGAGACGGUGGAGAGUUCCUGAGUAACUUCACGGGAACCAUCGACGUCAUCGGCCACGAACUCACCCACGCUGUGACGGAGCACACCAGUCCCCUCGAUUACCAGGGGAUGAGCGGAGCUCUCAACGAGCAUGUUUCUGACGUUUUCGGAAUCAUCGUGAAGCAGAUCGUCGAGAAGGAGGAUGCCGAGAGUGCCGACUGGCUCAUUGGCGAAGGCUGCAUCAUGCCAGGUGUCAAGGGCGUUGCUCUCCGGAGCAUGAAGGAGCCUGGCACUGCCUACGACGAUCCGCGAUUCGGAAAGGAUCCUCAGCCAGCCCAUUUCAAAGACUACGUUCCGACCUUCGAGGACAACGGCGGUGUCCACAUCUACUCGGGCAUUCCGAACAAGGCUUUCUAUCUUGCGGCGAAGGGCUUUGGUGGUUUCUCGUACGAGAAGGCUGGUCCCAUCUGGUGGAAGACCAUGAACUCGGGCCGUGUUCCUCCCAAGUGCACGUUCAUCCAGUUUGCAGAUGUGACUACGGAGAUUGCGGAGGAACUGUAUGGAGAUGAGGCAGGCAAGAUUGUGAGAGAUGCCUGGAACGAGGUCGGUGUGACCAGAAAGGGCAAUUAG